GGCCAAAACGAAGCUAUCGUAUCAAAUCAAACAAAAACAAGUCUAGUUACAAACUUUGUGAAGAAUCAAGAAAAAUGAAGACAACUUCUUCAUUGGUGGUUAUCUACCUCAUCGUAGUGAUCUUGCAAACUAACCUACUAGUGAGUGGGCAUGUCCGUUCCACUGAUCAAGACACGCUAAAAAACAACAACAAUAAUGAUACAAACAGCACAACCACCGAAGUAGUUAUCAAGGACAAGAAAAGAAGUUACAAUGGAGGAAGCGGAAGCUAUAGAUGGGGAUGGGGUGGAGGCGGCGGAGGAGGAGGGGGAGGAGGAGGCGGAGGCGGUGGAGGAGGGGGUGGUGGUGGCGGCAGAGGAUGGGGAUGGGGAGGAGGAGGAGGCGGAGGAGGAUGGUACAAAUGGGGCUGUGGCGGCGGAGGAAGAGGAAAAGGAAGAGAAGGAAGAGGAGAGUUUGUGAAAAGAGAAUAUGCAGAGUGCAAAGGAAGAGGAAAAUGUAGAGGAAAGAUAUUGGCAUGUCCUCUGCAUUGUGGAGGCUUUUGUUUUUACGAUUGUCUCUUUCUCUGCAAACCUCAUUGCCGUCGCUAGAGAGAUAAUAUAUCUUUUCGUCAAUUCCAUCAUCAUACAUUCUCUCUUUUUUUUUCCUGGUUUGGGUAUUUUGGUUUGUUUGGUUUGUUUCAUAAGGUUUUCUUUCUUACAAAUAUUUUGGGGCUUCUCGAGUGAUGACAAAAGGAUAGCCAUUAUAUUAGGAUCCUGGUUCAUCUAGUGUUGGGUUUUUUUUGGGUUCUAUAAUGAACUAAAAGUUCAUAAAGGAAUUCCCAUAUGAGAUUUUUCUUUUGCCAUUUAAUUUCGAGUGUAAAAGAUUUUUGUCUUUGGUGCUUUCUAUGAUGAACAUCUUUUGAAAAAA